CCCGAAAAAAAUAGACAAAUAAUCAAAGAAGAGAUUGAAAUAGCAUUUGGGAGACAACUGGACAAGGGAGUGUAUAAUUCCUAAAAGGUGAAAAUUGUCUCACACUCCUCCCUUCUUUUUAUAGCCUUAUAGUCUCACAUUUCUUAAUGGAGUCUGUAAUUGUCAUCCACUUUUUCCUUCAUUCGUUCCUCCCCAAUUCUCCUUCUCAAACCCCAAAUGGAUCCAGGUGAAAGUGGAAGGUAUGAGGACAUUUUGUUGGAUGAUUUUUCGACUUUGCCGGAAUCUGUUAUUCAUCACAUAUUGUCAUUUCUUUCUUUUAAACAUAUUGCCCGUACUAGUGUGUUGUCAAAGGGGUGGAAUCGCAUUUGGUCCGACUACCCUGACAUCGAUUUAGUCCUAAAUGAUAAGGUCGACUCGAAUCUACGCUAUGGAUGCCCAUUCUUAGUUCAUGUUCAGAUGAUCUUGAACCAAUGUCUGUUCCGAAAAGCAUCCAUACAGAAAAUGCAUAUAUGUAUCGCCGGUCAUAACCUGGCAAAGUUUCAACCCGUUAUGGACCAGUGCUUAGGGGCAGCCAUUGAGAGGCGUGUUUCCGAGCUAGUGGUUAAAAUCAAAUGCCGCACACCCGCCAGUCUUUUGUAUUCCGUUCCCGGGGAAGUGGUUGUUGGUGACUCACUAAAGGUUUUACAGCUCGAGGGAUGUGUGCUUGGGGAUCAUAAAACCCGCAUUGAUCUUCCACAUCUGCGUAAGCUCAAACUCUAUAUGUGUCGGUUUUCGGGUGAGAAUGUGUUGCCUGAAAUUCUAAGCAGCUGCCCUAGGAUGGAAUUUCUGGAAGUUUCAUAUUGUGAUGGUGUGUGCAGCUUUCUCUCCCUCCCAUGUAAGCUUAGAUUGAAAAAUUUGACAAUUAGGUGUGGACCGUGCGAUACGCAGCCCAAGAAGAUCGAAAUCUUUGCACCCGGUCUUGAAACGUUUGACUGCACGCUGUUAAUGCCGUGUUCCAUGGACUUGGUUGGCUGCACUGCUCUAAAGCGUUUGGAAUUGCAGGGAGCUAUCCUUUCAGCGGAUUGUGUCCCGAUUCAACAUCUUUUGCGUAAGCAUCUCUGCGUUGAAGAAUUGAAACUUAGUGGCUGUCAAGGGGUCGACAAGAUUCAGGUGUCGAGUUCACGCCUAAAGGGACUGGUCAUUAAUGAUCACGGGACAUUGCGUGGUGUUGAGAUCGACACCCCGAAUUUACUUAGUCUAGAGUAUAUUUGUUUGCACGAAUGGUGUUCGAAUAACCGGUUCUGUUCCUCGAGGGUUCCCAAGGUUGAAGAAGUCCACAUGAUGUUUUCUGCUCAAACGUUUCGGAGCGCUUGCUGGAGUGGACUGAAGGGUUUCUUAAUGAAAUUACAAAAUUAUGAAGAUUUGAAGUUGCUUAUUGUAUCGCUAUGCAUAAACCAAGCUGUAAGUUUUCAUCUUCCUUCAUACGGCUAUUAAUUUUUAUCAUUGUUUUAUACACUCCCGAGGGUCUCUUUGGAAACAGCCUCUAGCUCUACGUUCGGGUAGGGGUCGUAAGGUCUGCGAGCAUACACCCACCCACCCCAGACCCUACUCGGUGUUACUUAUAAUGAAGUUACAUUUGCAGG